AAUUGAAAAUAAACUUAUUAUUUGAAACUGAAUAGACAACAAUUACACAAAAAUUACAACCGAGAUGGCAAGCAUGGCAUUCACUACCUCUCUCACAAGGCUCCAAUCCACCAUCAAAUUAGCAAUCAUCUUUCGCAACCCUAAGUCAUCUAUUUUUGCUUCACCAAAACCUGCUCAGGUAAGGAGAAUUUCGUCUAAAUUUGAUGGCGCGGCCAAUAAAGGCUGCGACGUUGCCAAGAAGGGCGUCGAUGCGGCCAAGAAAGGUGCCGAUGAAAUGAAGAAAGAGGCUUUUGCAGCUGCAGAUAGUGCCGGUCAAAAGGCGGGCAAUGUCGCCGGAAAGAUGUCGGGGACGGCCCAAGACGCGGCGAACAAAGUGAAGGGCGCAGCACAGGAGGCGGCCGGAAAAGUGCAGCAGACAGCAGAGGGCGCGUGGGGCACCGUCAAGGACACCACCCAGAAGAUGAAGGACACGGUGGUCGGGAAGGCCGAUGCCUCCGCCGACUCUGCUAAAGCCGCCGUCAGAGAUGGGGCGGCCAAAGUCGACCGCGCCGUCAACUCUAAGAAAUGAAACCAAACUCUACUAUGACUAUUAUUGCUAUUUUUAUUUCGAAUUUGAUCUAUAUUUUCCAUCUCCAAAUUAAAUCAUGGAUAUAUAGGGAAUAAUCUCGGCCACAAUGAAUUUGGUGGCUGAGAUAAAGCAUAGGAAUUAAUUAUUGAUAGGUAUAUACGUCAAAUGUUAGUAAAUGUAGAUAAUUAAUUAUUGGUGUUUUCUAUGUAUAAUUCGAUGGGUGUCAAUACACUAUCGAUAUGUUUGUAAAAAGUUAUAGUAAUUAUUAUAUUUAGUGUUUAAAUGAAA